GUCUACGAAUCUGCUCGAGUCUUUUUUUCACCGUAUUUUGACGUUAAUCAUGCGCUCAAUAUACUAUCUCUCGAUUUUGCCUGUCUUCUCUGCAUUCACGGCUGCCAAAUGCGACGAUAGUAAAGCGACAAAGAAAGCGUUUGACCCAAAGUCGCUUUCACUCAGAGAAGUCGGAGCCCGAAAUACAGUGGACUGGCGCGUUUGGCUUGAGCAGGACGGCAACCCGAUUUCCUUCUGGCACGACGUUCCUCUCUAUCCUGACGAGAAGAAUAACAACAUCGUCAGUUUCUACGUGGAGAUCCCGCGAUGGACAGAUGCCAAGAUUGAGACAAAGCGCAACAAGCCUUUGAACCCCAUCUAUCACGAUGACAAAGAUGAUGUUCCUCGAUAUGUAGCCAGUAUUUGGCCACAUAGAUCCUACCCUUUCCUUUACGGCUCACUUCCUCAGACCUGGGAGAACUCUAACAUCAAGCACAAUUUUACUGGGUUCCCUGGCGAUAAUGAUCCGAUGGAUGUGGUGGAUAUAAGCGCAAUUGAUCCCGGAUAUGUCGGCCAAAUCAGAACGGUCAAGAUCCUGGGUGGGAUAGCCAUGAUUGAUGACGAAACUACGGACUGGAAAAUAAUUGGCAUCAACGUUAAUGAUCCUCUGUCACAAGUGGUUGAUACCAUCGACGAUCUCGAAAAAUAUCGACCUGGCCUCAAGCAAACCUUUUAUGACUGGUUCGUCUACUACAAACUUUUUCGCAGUGGCACCCUCAACACCAUAUUCGGAAACAAAUACCAAGAUUCUAACACGGCACGCGACAUUGUUGGCGAGAGCCACGGUUUCUGGAAAGACCUCAUCAGCGGCAAAGAAGACCCCGGGAAGAUAAGCAUUUCGCAGACUUCGCAGCCAAGCAUUUGCAGCAGCUAUAUCUCGAGCAAAGAUGCAACCGACGAGUUUGACCUACCGAAGAAAUCCAAGAUUGAACCCGCCGCGAUGAGGCCUGCAAAGUAUGAUAAGUGGUAUUAUAUAGAUGAGAAUUUUCGGAUCCUGCCGGAGCAGCUUAUUGAUGUAGACUGAGGGCAAAUUAACCAAGAUAGAAAGAGUAAGUCAAGUUGUUACGCGAAGAGAUUUAACAUUAUAAAAAUGUUAGGGGCCUACUAUGUACAAUUUUUUGCCCUAGUCUAUUAUUCUACUCAUGAUGAUCUAAAUGCUAUUCAUGCGUGCUAUAUUACCAUAGAUCUUAUAAGUCAAAUACUAUUUCAGAUGCUAAUUAUUCGUCAAA